UCCUUCUGACUCAGAGAGAGAGUCUGCUCUGUCUCUCUCUGUCUCUCUCUGUCUCUCUCUGUGAGUCUGAGAGCACCGACCCGCUACCAGCACCGGCUCCAUGUGGAGGACAAACCUGCCGAGCAGAGGAACCCAACAGAACCCAGCAGAACCCAGCAGAACCAGCAGAACCAGCAGGACCAGCAGGACUUGUUACUGGACGGAUUAAAGCUGUGAUUUGUCUCCUCUGAGGUGCGUUUAGGAGCGUUCCGUUAAAACUGGUGAAAGUUGGAUUCCUGAGAGACUCUCAGUCUGAACCACGUUACCAGGUCUGGACCAGGUCUGGACCAGGUGGAAUCUGUGAUCUGUAACGUUUGGUUUAUAGUAAUAGUAGUAAUAGUAGUAAUAGUAGUAAUAGUACCGGUACCGGCUGCAGAGGGACUGGAUCCUGAAUGAAACCAGAGAUUAACGUGAACCGAGGAGAGAAGAAGUGAAGUUUCACCAGAGACGAGGUUGGGACAGAUCCUCAUGGGAGCCGUGGAACGAUUGGAAAUGGCAGGAAAAGAGCACUAAACUUCCUCAGGUUGUGUCCAGAAGGAUGUGUUGUUAACCCCGAGCUGCUGGGAGGUCGAGAGGUGACAUGCCUCUGUGAAACACCGCUGGAAACAAAUGCUCUGCCGCCAUGCCUCCGGGGAUGGUGCGUCGUCUUUCAGCGUUAGCGGUCCAAACGCUGCUGUGUCUCCUGCUGCUGGCCGUCGGCCGGCCCUUCACCUCAUCGCCUAGUGGUGUUGUCCAGGGAUCGGACUCCUCCCCCUCCGGUCUUUACCCCACCUUUAUCCGGAAUGACACUCUGUUCGAGCACCUGGCCCUGCACCCCGACCCCGACAAGGGUUGGGUCUACGUCGGGGCCCGAGAUCACCUGUUCCAGUUGGAUCCAUUCCUCCGACUUGCACUUCAGAAUGACACCGGACCCGUCACAGACAGUCGGGAGUGUUUGCCUCCUGUAACUGUGAGUAACUGCCCUCAGGCCAGGCCCACCAGCAACCACAACAAGCUCCUGCUGGUCGACCCGUACUCCAUGGAGCUCAUCACCUGCGGGAGCGUCAACCAAGGAAUCUGCCAGAAGCGUGGUCUGGAGUCUGUGAACGACGUCCGUUUCUCUACAGAGAGGCCGGUGGAUACUCAGUACGUAGCAGCUAACCACCCCAACGUCAGCACCGUGGGACUCGUGGUUCGCUCUCAUCCUGACAGGCCGCCCGUCCUGUUUGUUGGGCGCGGUUACACCAGCAGCCACCCUCCUAUUUCAACACGAAACCUCGUCCUCGCCCAGGUUCCCAUUUUUUCCUACGAGGAGACCGCCAAGUUGGCCGUGGCCGGCCGUCUCUCGGAAUAUGACCAUCAUUUUGUGUCAUCGUUCGCACACCGUCAGCACGUGUACUUCCUCUUCUACAGGCGGGACCUGAAGUCACAGUCCCGCGAGUACCGCACCUACGUCUCUCGUGUCUGUUUGGACGACCAGGCCUACUACUCCUACGUGGAGGUGCCCUUGACGUGCCGUUCCAGAGCGGGGAAAAUUUACAACCUCUUGCAAGCCGUCCGGCUCGGGCUCACCGAGGACGGCGUGUCAAGUCAGGGCUCAGAGGUUCUUCUCGGUGUCUUCUCCACUCGUUUGGCUUCAACUACUCGGCCCAGCGAGGACUCGGCGCUCUGCAUGUUUAACCUCAACGAUGUGGACCUCAGGAUCAACUCCACCAGAGACCUGUGCUACACACAGAUGGGUAAAAAAGAGGGACUGGAGGCGGCCUACAUCGAGUAUGAAGUCAAAUCCAACUGUGCCAACCUGCCGGAGAACACUCUGGAUGCGUACCCCUGCGGCUCUGACCACACCCCCAGCCCGAUGGCCAGCAGGAUGCCCGUGGAAGCGGAGACCAUAUUGGACAGCCCGUCCGCCCGUCUCACCGCCGUGGCCGUCAGCGUGAGGGCGGGACAUACCAUCGCCUUCCUGGGAGACUCCAAGGGGAACCUGCACAAGGUGUUCCUGGGGCCGGGCGGCGAAGUGGAGGAGUACUCCGUCAUCUCCAUUCAGCAGAACUCAGCCAUCAGUUCAGAUCUCAUCCUGGACCAGAAAGAGGAGCAUCUCUUCAUCAUGACUCACAACAUGCUGCAGAAGAGGCCUGUGGCUGAAUGCCAGCAGCACCCGGACUGCCACUCCUGCCUGCUGGCCCACGACCCGUACUGUGGCUGGUGUGUCCUGGAGGGAAGGUGUGUGUUGCAGUCGGAGUGUGUUCGUGGGAAGCAGCCGGGUCAGUGGCUGUGGAGCUUUGACAUGGAGCAGCAGUGUCUGGCCGUCCAGGACCUCAACCCCUCCAACGUCAGCAGGGAGCAGAGCAGGACGGUGUCUCUGUCGGUCCCCGGGCUUCCAGUGUUGGAGAAGGACGAGUCCUACUCCUGCUUCUUCCAGGACAGCCACAGUCCCGCCGUCGUCACCGACACCGGGGUCACCUGCCAUUCUCCCGACGCCGGCCGCGUCCCCAGGGUGCCUCCGGGGCAGGACUCUGUCACAAUCACCCUGUCUCUUCGUUUUGUCGACGUCACCGUGACAGCGAGGGAUUUCACCUUCUACGACUGUACGGCCGUGAAGCAGCUGUCUGGCAGCAUGCCUUGCCGUGGUUGUGUUCUGAGCCGAUGGGGAUGUAACUGGUGUGUCCACCAGCACUUGUGUACCCACAAGCCCACCUGUGAGGAGGGCGUGAUCAUCUACAACCAACAUUUUAAACUCCCCACCUCAGCUCCUCCCACAACCAAGCCUAUUAAAGUCAUCACGACAGCCACGACCACAACGGCUGCCCUGACAACCAGCGCCAUGACAACCAGCGCCAUGACAACCACAAUCACAACAACAACAUCAUCAACAACUAUCGCUACAACAACAACAACAACAACAACAGCCCCCGUCACUGUGGCAACCACUCAGGAGCCAACCACCGCUCCUGCUCCCACCACGCCACCCGCGACCACCACCAGCCUGGAGCCGACCGCCCCGCCCACCACCCUGCCCCCUCAGCCCCCCAGCACCCAACCAUCCACCACGCCAGCAGCCGCUCCCCCUCCGCCCCCACAGGUCACCACCGGGAAGGAGGAAGCAGGAGAGCUUUUAGUUGACACCCAAAGUGUCGCCGACGGUGCCGCGGUCACGCCCACCGUCGCCAUGGAGGUGGUGCCUGUCACCCUGGCUGACGGUGGAGAUCUGGACCCCGUGGUGCCUCUGAUCAUCCCGCCCCGUGAACCGGACACCUCCCCCCUGGAGGUGGUGACGGCGUCGCCCCCCGGCGACACCCAGGAAGCCGAGGGAGCUUUGAGCCUGGCGGAGCCUCCCACCCCGGCCUCGUCUGGCUUCCCGCUGCCCACGCCGUUCUCCGUGGGCGACCUCGACGACGACGAGCCCUCCCUCUACCUGGACCCGACCCAGACCCCCACCCUGAUGCCCGCUCAAGACUCCCAGACUGAAGCAGGAAGCCCCGCCCCCGAGGUGAUCCUCUGGCCAAAAGAGGAAGUAGACGUCCACGCUGAGAGCGCCGUCCAGUCAGAAAACGACACCGCCACGUUUUCCGCUGCCACCGUGUUGUCAGGUGACGGUGAGGUCGACCACGCCCCCCCGUCCUUCCCCCACCUGCUGGAUGCUGACUCAGAGCUGGACUACCAGUAUGACCCAGCUGACGCCUUCCUCCCGGGGGACGAGGGCUCCUACGUCAGCUGGGGUUCGUCAGCGUGUCCCUGCGUGGAGAAGGUCCAGGGUUCAUCACUGCUGCCCGUCAGAGUGGAGAGGAAGAUCACCUUACUGGCCCGCAACCUGCACCUCUACCAGGACACGGAGCUGGACUAUGAGUGUGUGCUGGUCAUCGAGGGUCAGACGGUGGUGGUGGACGCCUACGUGGAGACUGAUGACAUGAAUCCAUCAAACUUUGACAUCACCUGCCAGCUACACCAGUACUCCUACUCUGCUCCAGUGGAGGAGUACAACGCCAUGGUGUACGUGAAGAGGAGGGACACCUUCCACGUGGACAGCUCUCCUGAUCUAUACGUGACGCUGUAUAACUGCUCCGUGGGGCGCUCCGACUGCAGCCGCUGCCACACGGCGGACCACAAGUACGGCUGCGUGUGGUGCGGCGGCGCUCACGCCAGCUGCUUGUACUCAGCCUCCUGCAGUGAACCGGUACAGCAGACGUGCCCCGCCCCCGUCAUCCACUCGAUUGAGCCGCUCUCCGGCCUGCUGGAAGGCGGCACCAUGGUGACCAUCUCCGGCUCCAACCUGGGCCAGAAGGCCGAAGACAUCCUCCUCUCGGUGUUAGUAGCCGGGAUCCCUUGCACCGUCAUCCCCGGCCUCUACGAGGUCUCCUCCAGGAUCGUGUGCAGGACCAAAGCCAGCGGAGGAGAGAAGGUCGGACCCAUGUCUGUAAAAGUGAGCGGAGGAGAGUUUGGUCUGUCCAGCCAGACAUUCAGCUACCAGGACCCGUUUGUGAUGGGGGUGUCACCUAAAAGGGGGCCCAAAGCCGGAGGGACGUCCCUGACGAUCGAUGGCCUAAACCUGCUGACGGGACGUCCCUCAGACCUCGCCAUCACCGUGGGGGGGGUGCCCUGUCACAUUGUGUCCGAGGUGCAGAAAAGCCGAGUUCAGUGUGUGACAGGAAGUAGUAAUAAGACGGGAGAUCACCGGGUCACGCUGCACUACGGCAGCAGCCAGCGCCACCUCCACGCGGAAGCCUACCGCUACACCCACAACCCCAACAUCACCCACGCCACGCCAGCAAAGAGCUUCCUGCAUGGCGGUCGGCAGAUCUACGUGUCGGGCCACAACCUGGACGUGGUGCAGGAGCCCCGCAUGGUGGUGACCGCCGCUCCCCUCCAGUCAAUCAGCCAGAAGAAAAGGAGGAGGAGGAGGAGGAGGAGGAAGAGGAGGAGUGAACCUGUCUGUCCUGGAGACGCUCUCUGCUCCGUCAGAGAGUUCACGGAGCGCUGCGAGGUCAACUCCUCUUCCCUCAUCCUGUGCCGCUCUCCCAUGGUGGACUCCUCCGCCUGGGGGUCAAAGUUCACCGCGGAGUUUCUGCUGGACAACCUGCGCUUUGACUUCAGCCGUCUGAACUCCGAGACCUUCAGCUACAAGCAAAACCCCGUCCUAAAGCGCCUGAACCAGCAGGAACCUCAGAAGGCCUACCGCUACAACCCCGGCAGCUUCAUCCAGCUGGAGGGGGAGAACCUGGACGAGGCCAUCACUAAGGAGGAGGUGGUGGUGUUGGUCGGGGAGGGUGUGUGUGCCGUGAAGACCCUGACCAAAAACCAUCUGUACUGCGAGCCGCCACCUCAGCAGCCGGCGCCGGCAGCCAACGGCAGGAAACGAGAGGGCUCCGACAACCUGCCUGAGUUCACAGUCCAAAUGGGCAACCUGAACUUCUCCCUGGGUAAGGUCCAGUAUGACAACCUCAGCCUGGCCACCUUCCCUCUGGAGGCUCAGAUCGGAGUCGGGGUCGGGGCGUCCAUCGUGGCACUCAUCGUCCUCAUCAUCGUGCUCAUCUACAGGAGGAAGAGUAAGCAGGCUCUGAGAGACUACAAGAAGGUCCAGAUCCAACUGGAGAACCUGGAAACCAGCGUGAGAGACCGCUGCAAGAAGGAGUUCACAGACCUGAUGACGGAGAUGAUGGACAUGUCCAGCGACCUGGUGGGCUCCGGCAUCCCCUUCCUCGACUACCGGAGGUACGCCGAGCGCAUCUUCUUCCCCGGCCACCGGGAGUCUCCUCUGAGGAGAGACCUGGACGUUCAGGAGUGUCGGAGGCAGACGGUGGAGCAGGGCCUGGUGCAGCUGUCCAACCUGCUCAACAGUAAACUCUUCCUCACCAAGUUCAUUCACACUCUGGAGAGCCAGCGGACGUUCUCUCCCAGAGACCGGGCCUACGUGGCGUCCCUGCUGACGGUGUCGCUGCAUGGCAAACUGGAGUAUUUCACCGACAUCCUCAAAACUCUCCUCAACGACCUGGUGGAGCAGUAUGUGGCCAAGAACCCCAAACUGAUGCUGCGACGAACGGAGACAGUGGUGGAGAAGCUGCUGACCAACUGGAUGUCCAUCUGCCUCUAUGCUUUCGUCAGGGACUCAGCGGGGGAGUCUCUCUACAUGCUGUUCAGGGCCAUAAAGCACCAGGUGGAUAAAGGACCGGUGGACGCCGUGACCGGCAAGGCCAAGUACACCCUCAAUGACAACCGCCUGCUGAGAGAGGACGUGGAGUACAAGACUCUGACUCUGAAUGUGUUGGUUCAGGGUGGAGGAGUGAACGAGAGCCAGCCGCUGCCCUCCAAAGUGCUGGACAUUGACACCAUCACACAGGUGAAGGAGAAGCUGCUGGAUCAGGUCUACAAGGGCACCUCCUUCUCCCACCGACCCCACGCAGACUCACUGGACCUCGAGUGGCGUUCUGGCGUCGCCGGUCACCUCAUCCUGUCAGACGAGGACUUGACGUCUGUGGUUCAGGGCAACUGGAAACGCCUCAACACGCUGCAGCACUACAAGGUCCCAGACGGGGCGACGGUAGCGCUGGUCCCUCGCCACACCAAACACAUUCACCAUGACAACCACGACUACGUGGCAGGAGAGAAGACUCCGAUGCUGGAGGAUGCAGACGAAGGUGGAGUGAGGUUGUGGCAUCUGGUGAAAGCCAGCGAGGAGCCGGAGCUGCCAAAACACCGGCGAGGCAGCCUGAGGGAGAGAGAGAGGGCCAAGGCCAUCCCCGAGAUCUACCUGACCCGCCUGCUCUCCAUGAAGGGCACGUUGCAGAAGUUCGUAGACGACCUGUUCACGGUGAUCCUCAGCACCAGCCGUCCCGUCCCGCUGGCUGUCAAAUACUUCUUUGACCUGCUGGACGACCAGGCGGGAAAACACGGCAUCUCCGACCCGGAGACCAUACACAUCUGGAAGACCAACAGCCUCCCUCUGCGGUUUUGGAUCAACAUCGUGAAGAACCCUCAGUUCAUCUUUGACGUCCAGGCGUCGGACCACGUGGACGCCGUACUCUCUGUCAUCGCCCAGACCUUCAUGGACUCCUGCACCAUCGCUGAGCACAAGCUGGGACGGGACUCUCCCAUCAACAAGCUGCUGUAUGCCAGAGACAUCCCCCGCUACAAACAGAUGGUAGAAAGGUACUACGCUGACAUCAGGCAGACCAUCUCAGCCAGCGACCAGGAGAUGAACUCUGCUCUGGCUGAACUGUCCAGGAACUACUCCGGAGAGCUGAACUACCUGGUCGCAUUGCACGAGCUUUACAAGUACAUCAACAAGUACUACGACCAGAUCAUCACGGCGCUGGAGGAGGACCCCACGGCUCAGAAGAUGCAGCUGGGCUACAGACUGCAGCAGAUCGCCGCCGCCGUGGAGAAUAAGGUCACAGACUUGUGACAGAGGAAACAGGAAGCAGCCACCGGCAGCGCUGCAGGAUGAACUGAGAAGCAGGAGAGCAUCACACUUCCUCUCAGGAGGAAGAGCUGGAGUCCAGGAGGGUUUAAAGAAACUUUAUUUGCAUCGCUGUGGAUCAGAAGAUUCAGGUGGGCAUCGAAGUUCACGUCCCAGCACCUUCUGUCCUUCAGCUGGUGUUGGCUGAGGACGCAUCAGUGACUUUAGUCUGGACGCUCUGGACACUGAACAAAGACAUCGGGCCUGCUGUCCCUCCGGUAACUUUAUCAAGAGACUCCUGGGAGGGAAAUGGGUCUGCUACAUAGCAGCUCUGAAAGAAACCAGCUGGUCUCCAGUCAGCUGAUCUGAGGACGGAUCACAGAGGGAUUUCAUGUCCCUGGUUUCCCUCGGAGGACAUUUUAUGAAGCGGUACCUCUUAUGCCUUGUGUGCUUCUCGCUGCUGUAUGGUCAGACGUUAUUUCCUUGUGUGUGUGUGUGUGUGUGUGUGUGUGUGUGUCUGGUGAUUUCUGUGUAUGUGUGUGUGUGCAGUUAUUCAUAU